CGAGCGCCAUGGCCAGCGCGAAGCACGCCAUCCACGCAUCCACCCGCUCCAUUUUAGGGUUCUUCAGCUAGGUCUUAACGAAUGGAGGAAGCCACGGAGCUUGUCCACAUUGUCAAGGGCGUGGCGGCCCCGGUGGUGAUCCGCGAGCAGCGCUCCAGAGGCCUAUCGUUCCAGGUGUGGCCAGCGGCAUCGGCAUUGUGCAGCUUCCUCGAGGAGAAGCAAACAGAGUGGAUGGUUCCGGGCGCGAGCGUGCUCGAGCUGGGAUCGGGCCCAGGCUUGGUAGGCCUUGUGGCUGCACGGCUGGGCGCCGCCAGGGUGCUACUCACGGAUCUUCCACAGGCCAUUCCAAAUCUCGCAUACAACGCCCAGCGAAACUUCCCUGGCGAUGGUGGCGCGGUGAUUGAGGCACGGACGCUGCGCUGGGGCGUGGAGGAGGACGUGGCGCAGCUUGCUCAGGACUGGAGCUUCGACUUGAUCGUGGCCUCGGAUGUUGUCUACUACGACUAUCUCUUCCAGCCUCUGCUGCAAACGCUCAAAUGGCUCCUGUCGUCGUCGCCGCCGCAGGAGCGCCCCCCCAAAGUCUUGCUCGCGCACAUCCGGAGGUGGACGAAAGACACCAAGUUCUUCAAGAUGGCGCGCAAGUCAUUCCAGGUGGAGGUUGUAGCCACGUAUCCCCCGCCACCCGGGAACAAGAAGCCAGUCGUCAUUUACUCCCUCGCUGCCCGAUGA